AUGCCCACCACACAGCCCAGACACCGCUGGCUUGCAGCCCGCCAGCACCGAGCCCCGCCGACGGGGUCUGGACCAAAGGCGGCCCCCACCCCAGCCGGGGAGACAGGAGAACCCAACGCGUCCCACCCGCUGCCAACACUCUCGGGAGGGCUGGGCAGGGAUCCCAGGGUGGCCCCUACUCGGCUGGGCCUUAGGGUGGCGUGGAAGGGCCCGGUCCUGCUGACCCUGGGGCCCGGCUGGGACGCGCCUGGCCUCCCGGCCAGUCCUCCACCGCCACCUGGUGGCCCGUCAGCCCACGCCCACAGCCACCCGCCAGCCUGCACCUCCCCGACUCGCCUGCCAGCCAGGCCCCGCCCAGAAAGCCCACCCAGGACACUGCGCGACCGCUCGGGCCAGGGCCACAUCGAGGGUGCAGAGCUCGAGACCGGGACCCAGCUCAUCACCCCGUGGGCCCUACGCAUCACCCCGUCUCGGGCCUCAGGUUUCCCGUCUGGGGCCCUGGGCGGGUCAGGCUCUCUGGGUUGGUCCAGCGUGGCCACUCACCUGAGUGUGACCGGAGUGUUUGCGUGUCCCCGGGGCCCCAGGUCCCCACCGCUGAAGCUGCAAGAGCGGGGCGGGGCGGUCCCCGGGCUGCAGGCUCUGCGGGUGCCCUCGCCAGCUUCCCCAGUGGGUGGGAGGCCAGCCCCGAGGGCAGGGACAGGCACAAAGGCCCAGCAGGCCGCCCCUCAGGGUCGGCCACAGCUGGCAGACGCGUCAUGCACGCCUCCCCCGGGGGACAGCAAAGGAGCUCUUCGCUCCCCAUCCCGCAGCACAGACGUCGCAACCCUCCCGCUCCGGGCCCCGGCCCAGGGCCACCACCCCCAGGGCAUCCGCGUGACCGUGACGGGGGGCUUGGCCCAGGCCUCACAGCAGGUGGGGGAGGGGUGUGAAAGCAGGUGUGCACAGGUGGGCACCGGCCAGGAGGCCUGCGGCUCCGGGGACUCCCCGCGGAGAGGACGCCCACCUGGCUCGCUCUGGGUCACCUGUGAAGCCCCGACCUCGGCAGAAGGAGAUCCGUCCAAAUGGCCAUCUCUGGGACCCCGCCCGUCGCCUUGGAUCCGAGAGAGGCUGGCCCGCUGUUCAGGACGGGCCGCAGAUGGUGAUGCCCGGGGCUUUGAUACGGGGCCGGCGCCGCCGGCGCGGAAAUGGAGCCAUGACUCAGCCGGCCGCGUGCAGAUCGCGCCCAGAUACGCCCGAGAAGCGCCACCCCGGGCCCCUAACCUGCGCUUGGGUCCUGUGAGGGGAGGCCCUGCCUCGCUGCGUCCCGGGGACUUUACCCGCCCCCCACGUGACUUCCUCGCCUGCAGGAGGAGGGUCGGCUGGGGCUCACCAAGCUUCACUCACCAGGUGGAGACGGGACCCAACGAGCCCCCACCCAGGGCCGCGGCUGAUGUCCUGGAAAUGCAGAGCCCAGACCUCCGGGAUCAGAAUCCUUCUUCCCCGAGCUUCCCAGCCAAAUCACCAGGGCUGCGUGUGGCCACAGGACACUCCUCUGCCUUCAGUCUGGGUUUUCCCGCUUCUGGAGUGGGGUACACGCUUCCUCGGGAGCUGGGAGCUGGGCCACCGCCGGGGGAGGCACCAAGGCAGGCCUCCAUAGUGGCCGUGAGCACAGCCUCCGUGGUCCACUCGGGAGCUGCUCCUGCCCACGGCGCCUCCCACCACAGGCUGCCCUCUAUCCCAGGGCUUGUCCGACCUCCCACGCCCCCAGCGGCGGCCGCCCCCACGUGUGGCCUCUGUCGACUUCAGAAACAGCACCAACCCCCAACGGUGCCUCCCAGGACCCCCGACCUGGCCACAGCCCCGGCCCACCCUCCCGCCGCCCCCCGGACCCCCUCUGGCGGGGAGGUGCCCUAUUGCCUCCCAGCGCCCCCCUCAGCUACCAGGACCCCGCCUCCACUCGCCAUGUGUCCAGGGCCUGGCGCAGGGUCGGCACGGGCACCAGAGCUGAGUGGACAAGCAGACAGGCCGACGCACAGGGGAGGCCGCGUGACGCCGCCGACGGCUCCCGCACGCCCUCCAGUUCUCGGCCCCCCAACACCUCCAGCAGGAAGGUGCCUGCAGGCCUGGGGGUCGCCCCACCCCACCCCGCACCUGGUGCGGCUGGAGCACGGCGGCACCUGA